AGCCCUAAAUCUUUGUCAAAGGUAAUGGAUAAAGGAAAUCAUUCGGUCAUAACUGAAUUCAUUCUUCAGGGAUUAACAGAUAAUCCCAAAAUGCAGCUGCCUCUUUUUACGAUCUUCCUGUUGGUUUACAUAGUCACCGUAAUAGGCAAUCUUGGGAUGAUUGCCUUAAUUUGUGUUGAACCCCAGUUUCACAACCCCAUGUACUUUUUCCUGCAGAACCUCUCCUUUGCUGACCUCUGCUGCUCCACAGCCAUUGCCCCUAAAAUGCUGGUGGACCUCUUAGUUGAGAGCAGAAGGAUUUCGUACAAUGCCUGUGCUCUACAGCUGUUUUUAUUAGGCUUUUUAGUAGAUGUAGAUUGUCUUUUGCUGGCUUUGAUGGCCUACGACCGGUAUGUAGCCAUCUGCAAUCCUCUUCUGUAUUCAGUCAUUAUGUCUGAGAAGGUCUGCCAACAGCUCAUGGCUCUAGUAUACUUCAUAGCCAUGGUGGAUUCACUGAUAUACACUUGCUGUACAUUCCGACUGUCAUUCUGCAGAUCUAAUGUCAUCAAUCAUUUCUUCUGCGAUGAGCCUCCACUCUUAGUACUGUCCUGCUCUGACACAUCUAUCAAUGAGAUUUUGCUGUUUACCUUUGCUGGCUGCAUUGUAGCAAGCAGCAUAGGCAUGAUUUUUGUUUCCUACGUUUACAUCCUGGGCACAAUCCUGAGAAUGCGCUCCGCUGAAGGCAGGCGCAAAGCCUUUUCCACUUGUGCCUCCCAUCUGACGGCCGUUGGGAUAUUCCAUGGGACAUUACUCUUCAUGUAUUUUCGGCCCAGCUCCAGCUAUUCAAUGGACCAAGACAAAUGGGCCUCGGUGUUCUACACGGUUGUGAUCCCCAUGCUCAACCCACUGAUCUACAGCCUGAGGAACAAGGAUGUGAAAGAUGCCCUGGCAAAGACCCUUGGCAAGAUAGGGCUUUUGGAAGGGAGCAGUUCUGCUUCAAAAUAG